CCCGCCCCAGCGGGCGAGGGAGGGGGCGCGGCGCGCGCGGGGUGGCGCCGCUCUUGAAGCGGGCGGGCAUCACUGCCGCUUCCGGCGCGGGAGGUUUGAAGACGAUGGCGGGCGCGCUCCAUCUGCCGUCGGGCCUGGUGGCGGAGCUGGACUCCUCCCUGUCGCGGCUGGAUGCGGGCGGCAGGCGGGUGCCGCCGCUGCCUCCGGCGGAGCAGCGGCAGGGGGGCGCGGAGAACGCAGACCUGCUGCCCAUGGUGUUCCUCUGCGCCGGCUGCAAGCGGCCGGUGGGCGACACGCUGAGCUGGGUGACCAACGACGAGGAGUCGGGCUGCAUCCUGCUGCGCAGUGCGGCCGCCAGCGUCUCGGUGGACGAGGAGCGGAAGCUCUCCAAGCUGCCCGGCGAGUGCGGAUGCAUCAUUGAAACAUUAUUCUGCUCUGGCUGCUCAAUGACACUUGGCAACAUCUAUAGAUGCACCCCAAAGCAUCUCGACUACAAGAGGGAUUUGUUCUGUUUCAAUGUUGACUCAAUUGAAAGCAUGUUUUUUUGUACUACUGUUGUUAGCAUCGUAGUGCUGAAGUGUGAGAAACAUCACCUGUGUAAUGUUGGGCAAAUCCUAGAAAAAAGAAAACACUGGGGAUGCCUUUUGUGCAAGAAAUUGCGUGCCACCCAGGAAAAUAACACUAGUUACAUUCUAGGAUCCUCAGAAAAGCAAGCUCUUACUGAUGAGGAACCUUUAACUCUUGAAAGUCGAGCUGUCUUGGAAGACGUGCUACAAAGGGCAGACACUGUAUUAAAGGCUCUGGAAACAAGACUGACUGCUGUUGAAUCAAGUAUGGCUUCUCUUCACAAUAAAGUCUGAAAGAAAUUACAUGCUGGAAGUUUAACUGCAGGCAAAUGAUGUGUGUGGCACUUGUCCUUGUAAUCCUCUGGAAUUUGUGGGAACACUGCAAAAGCUAUGCAAAGUGCUGAAAGACAUUGGUGGCUCAUGGUGUGGUAGAAGAAUGCUGACUAUGAGUCUUCACUGUAGACACAGAGUUCUCCUUUCUGUUAAAAGGAUACCCCAGACAGAAAUAAAAUUUAAGUUUCUGUAGACUUUUGGUUUAUGUAUAAAUAUUUAUUUUAAUUUUUAUCUCUAAAGCAAAGCAUUUAUCUCCUGACUUCCCUGCUAUUCAGUAUCUACUGAAUUGGGUGUGCAUCUCCUUCCUAAACCAAUAAAAAAAAAUAAAAUCUUUGUGAUGUCUGAA